GCGCGAAGUGCGGAGCUGCGAGUCCGAUUGUCACAAGUGCAGGGCAGCCUACACUUGCACGCAAGAUGAUACCGAGUCUCUCGCUGGCCGUCCUGCUCGCCGCGACCGUCUUUAAUAUCGUCUCGGCGGAUGGAGGACACGGAGGGCACUCGCACGUUGUCAUCCACGUGCCCUACAAGAUCAAAACCAUCCAUCACACGCACACCAUCACGAAGCACGUCCACCAUGGCGGCGGCGGAGGUGACAAGUACGAAGUUCUUGGAUAUACUGUGGGACACCCCGUUGAUUUGGGCGGCCAUGGGGGUGGAGGUGGUCAUGGACUCCAUGGUGGAGGGAACGAUAUCGGUGGAUGGUCAGGACACAGUGGAUUUGGAUCCAGUGGAGGUGGCGGCGACUUUGGCGGAGGCUUUGGUGGUCACGAGGGUCACUAAGGGCUGCAAAGCCCUUCUUUAUACCAAAUUCAUUUAAUUAUCUUAUUGUUAACGAUCCCUAUCUCUCUGCUUUAGUCCAAAACCGCCAGUAUUAUUUUCGACACAUUUCCGGCUCUCGGUACGGACGUCUCCCUUAUUCUGCAUUCCCCGUUCGACAA